AAAAAGAAAAUCAGCAAAGCUGAAAGACAGAAGCUACUCCAAGAGGAGGAAGAGAGACGUCUGAAAGAGGAAGAGGAAGCACGCUUGAAAUAUGAGAAAGAAGAAAUGGAAAAACGUGAAGCACAACGAAUUGAGAAAGAAAAAUGGAGACAUCUUGAAGCAAAAAAUGUAGAAAGGAGAAAAGAAGAACUUGAUGAACUUGAAAUAUUAGAAGAGUGUUAUCCUGAAGCAGAAAAAUUAAGACGAGAAAGUAAAUCGCUUUCUAGGUGGAACCACUACAUCCUGUGUGAUGGGAGUCCUGACCCAUCAGUGCCUCAAGAGAUGAAUACUUUCAUUAGCUUGUGGGAAGAGGAAAAAAAUGAGACUUUUGAGGAAGUUAUUCAGAAGAGUAAACUAGUGUUACGUUUAAUUGAUACAUUGAAAUUAAUGUUAUUGGAAACUCCACUAUAUGAUUUGCAAGAUAAAGACAUAAAACAGUACCAAGAAUCAAUUAAAAAGCUCCAAGAGCUCCUUAAUUCUAAGUUUAAUACAGCCACUGAAAUACUUCUCAGACAAGCUAGUACUUUGGCAGAGCUAGACAGUGGAAAUAUGGAAAAAAUUAUUGAAGAUGAAAAUGUUGCUCUAUAUGUGUGGGCAAACCUCAAGAAGAAUCCAAGGUACAGAAGCAUCAGAUUCUCUAAAACACAGAUUGGAUUUGAAAUUCCAAGAUUACUAGCAACAUCUAAUAUUGCACUAAGACUGUUUCAUACUCAUUAUGAUCAUCUUACACCACUCAGCUGUGGUCCCAAACCAUUAAAAGUACAACAGCUUACUUCUUCAAUAGCUGAAAUUGUCAAAGAACACAUUCAAACAAUUAUAGGAGUACCAAUCACCAAAGAGGAUGAAGAGGAGCCUAAAUCAGAAAGAGGAUCUGUCGUAGCUUCUGAAGGAAAAGUUGAGGAAGAAGAUGAUGCUGAAGUAAAAACGGGCUCUAUUGUGGAAGAACUUGACGCCACUAAGUUUGAAGUGGAGCAGAAAUUAUUAAGCGAAACAAUUUCAGCAGCACAAAUGUUACUGAUCGAGGAGGCUUGUGAAAAGCCAGAAUUCUUUGAAGCAAACGAGGUGGAUCUACUGCAAUUCACAGCCCUAGGUGGAGUGUACCACCUGGAUGUUUUGGAGCUUCCUCCACAGUGUAAACCAGUGAAUGGCUGGAUGAUUGUGGAAAUACUCAAAGGAGGGUUACAAGAAUUCAAAUAUCCUCCUGACCCUACAGAAGACAUGGAAACAGAAAGUACUUUCCCACCUAUAGAAGUCACACUUAAGAUUCACGAGAAUGUAAUAUUUUUCGAGGCUCCUAUGGUUGCAAGGUGGGACCAUGAAGAUAAACACUGGAAGACAGAUGGCAUCAGCUGUGUGCGUUAUAACUCAGAAGAUAGACUUAUAACAUUCAAUCUGGAGAUAUUUGGCCCUGUUACCUUGAUCCAGGAUACUCAUAUCAACAUGCCAUAUCAGUCGUGGGAAUUAAGACCACUUGAUGUGAAUGAAGUGCUUUUUACUGUGCUUACAGUAUUUACUGAGAUUCAAAUUCAAAUUAAGGAAAACCUCUGCAUGUUAGCUUCAGUCAAACUAAACAGCAAUGACUAUUCCUGUACUUUAAAAGACAAAUGGAUGAACCCUAUUCCUUUCAUUACUGCAUUGAAAGAAGUUGGAUUGAAUAUCUUCCCUACUGAGUACUCUCAUUUUUAUGUUGCUGUAAACAAUAAGAUGCCUUUGGUCGAAUUGAAAUCGUAUCGGCAAAUAGCCCUGUUGAGUUCUGCUUUUGCAUUUAGUUGGAGCAAAUGGAAUUCCUCAUGUGGUCCCAGCAAAGUUAUUUUUCAGGUGAAGGAGUACCACCCUAACCAAGAAUCUGACAUUGAUCAUAGCAGUGGGUUCCUUUUAAUGUUUAGUGGUGACAGAGUACAAAGACUGAAGAUCAGUGAGUACAGCGAGACCUUCUCUGAAGCGCUUGAGGACAAAACUGAGUUUCAUUCGACUCUGUAUCACAUGGUGAAGGAUUUUGCUUCUGAAGGAGUGCUAGAUAAAAUUAGAAGUACCAACUGCCAGUUUAUCAAUUCUGUGUGCCAAAUGCUGCUCUCAACCAGAUUGCUCAGUUAUUCUUAA